AAAAAAAAAAAAAAAGAUCGAGGGUCCUCGAGCAAAGCCACGCACUUGGCCUGGCGAAUAUUUUUCCUCAGGAUGUACGGCUUUGUGUUCUUCUCAUGCAGGCCAUCCAAUAUUCACCUUUUCACCUUUUGAACUUCUCAUCUCUCGAGUGGAAAACAGGAAUCGACGGUGAACACGGUAGAAAUACGCGGUUGCAACGCUUACCAUUUCCGACCGAGCAAGCAGAAAAUACACGACCGUCAUCAACCCAUCGAAGCGCGAAGAAACCCAAUACGAUGGAGGUCGAUCCGUUCGAGGCACGUUUGGAGUUUCUAAGUUUGCUGGGCAAGCUCAACGCCUCUCAGCAUUCGAUACAAAAGGUUGGCAAUUUUGCCAUGAGAAACAGAAAUCUCUACGAGGAUCUUUACAGCUGUAUCAUCGAAGAACUGGAGCAGACCCCGUCUAUCAAUGCAAAGAUGAAUAUCUUUUAUGUGCUCGACUUGAUCUGCCAUCAGAGCCACAAGGCAGGGUUCUCAGGGUAUACGGACCUCAUUCAAAAGAACCUACCCAGGAUCGUGGAGUGCGUGAACCCUAGCGGACCAAAAGGAAACGUCAAUGUUGCAGGCACCAGGAAGAUCCUAGAUUCGUGGCGGGCAAAAAAAGUAUUCCAUGAAUCUGUGAUCGACAGAGUGGAGAAACCACUACUCUCGAGGGAGCUGGGCGCAAAUGCAGUAGCUACAACCGAGGCAGGGUUCACAAAGGAGGACAUUUUGAGGCGGAUGGAUGAGGAUAGAGAGCGGCACAAGAGGAUACGAGAAGAGAUAUGGAUUAGGCCUGCGGAGGAAGACCCUGCAGCGGAAUUUCUGCAAAACUGGGACGAUGUCUCCGACCUGGAAGACAAUGACUUCGAGGACAUGGAGAACGAGAACAAGAAGUACUUACCAGGAUAUCCAUGGCCUCUCGAAUUUGAUCGGUUUUUGCCCUCGCCUGCGAUAUUCCAGUCCAAAUCCGCAUCGCUGGGGAGAACAGAGUCGCCAUUGGAUUCCAGUACUGGAGCUACAAAGCGACUGACGAGCCCUGAGGGAACAGUGUCCGUGUCAAGCACAGGCAACAGCCCCCUGGCAUCGUCAACAGCGUCCGCCGCAGACCACGCGCAUAAUGACCAAUAUCGGCAGCCGGGACAUGACCAGAGCCCUUCAUACUCCUAUCCGCCCUCUAAUGCACACCAUCAGCACCAGCAAUUGCGACAUAUUUACCACCCAGCAAGUCAGAGCAGGACCCAUUCCCGCAGCCACUCAUACCAUGACCGCGCUAUUCCUCUCCCUCCCGCAGCAGACACCUCAUCCUCUUCGAGGGGUUCCCCCUCAUACGGAAGGACGCAGUAUCAUGAGCGUACAAUCGGCGGAGGAGGCAGUAGUGAUAGCAAUGGUCUCAAUACAGCACAUAGCAAUGGCUACGGCGAACAUGUACCAUAGGCUACGAGACGUCAUUCCCUGCUUAAAUGAAAAAACGAAGA